AUGAGCUCCAAUUCUUCAGACUGUGUAGUUCAAACGGGAAAGCUCGUGGUACAUAUUUCAGAGAAUGGACACUCAUAUGAACUUGACUGUGGUGAAUGUACCCUUGUUGAAGCUGUGCAAAGAAAUUUAGAAUCAGUUACGGGGGUACCAUUCAAUGAUCAGCUACUUUUGUGCUUGGACAUGAAGCUGGAACUGCAGCGCUCCCUCUCGGCUUAUAAACUUCCAUCCAACGACCGGGAAGUGUUCCUGUUCAACAAGGCUAGGAUGCGGAGCAACACAACUCCUCCCACAAUUGAGCAAGUUCAGAUUAUUGAUAUUCCUGAUCCUCCUUUGCCAUCGUCGAAUAACAAUCCUCACCCGUUAGAUGAAGCUACUGACCCUGCAUUAAAGGCCUUACCUUCUUAUGAGAGGCAAUUUAGGUAUCAUUUCCAGUAUGGACAUGCCAUUUACAGCCGCACGAUAGCGAAAUUUGACAUAUGUGAGAGGCUCUUACGAGAGCAGAAGGUGCAAGAGAGGGCACUGGAGAUUGCUUGGGGUAAUUUAGAUCAUUUUUAUAAGAUGAUUCUCCAAACCUACAUGGAUUUUAUGAAGUGUUAUUCACAGCAGCACCGCAGUCAUAAUAGCCUUCUGGUGAACUUUGGGAGGGAUAUGGAGAAACUGAGAUCUAUGAAACUUCUGCCUGCAUUACAGAUGGCUAACCGCAAGUGCUUACUUGACUUUGUGAGGGAAGAGAACUUGUGGAAGAUGGUGGAGGAUUGCAACAGUUCCCACAGGCAAUUUGAGAACAAAGUUUCAGAAUUUAAGCAGGAGUUUGGAGAGCUAAAGCACAAUGUAGAACGUUUGUUUUCUAGCAAAGCUUCAUUUCUUACUAAAGAAUUGGAUUUGACAAUGAAAGACCACCAGCAGUUUAUCAAUGAGCAGAAAAGCAUAAUGCAAGCUUUAAGUAAAGACGUUAAUACUGUAAAGAAGCUUGUGGAUGAUUGUCUUUCCAGCCAGUUAUCAUCUUCACUCCGUCCUCAUGAUGCUGUUUCUGCCUUGGGUCCUAUGUAUGAUAGCCAUGACUCAAAUUACAUUCCAAAUAUGCAAGCUUGUGACCGAGCAAUUUCAAGUUUCCUUGAUUUUUGUCAGGAUAAAAAGAAUGAAAUGAAUAGUUUUGUGCACAAUUAUAUGCAAAAGAUUGCAUAUAUUCAGUAUACCAUUAAAGAUGUGCGCUACAAGUUUUCUGUUUUCCAGGAGGCUCUGAAGUGUCAGAAUGACCAAUUUGAUCCUUUAAAAGUUGUGCGCGGGAUUGGUCCAGCAUACAGGGCAUGCCUGGCAGAAGUGGUGAGGAGAAAGGCUGCGGUGAAGCUCUACAUGGGCAUGGCUGGACAAUUGGCUGAAAGGCUUGCAACAAAAAGGGAAGGUGAAGUUAGGAGACGCGAGGAGUUUCUUAAAGUACAUAGUCUAUAUAUACCUCGCGACAUUUUAGCAUCCAUGGGAUUGUAUGAUACUCCGAACCAGUGUGAUGUCAAUAUAACUCCUUUCGAUACUAAUCUACUUGAUAUUGACCUUUCUGACCUUGACCGUUAUGCUCCUGAGUCUCUUUUAGGACUGUCUUCCAAGCGUGAGAAGCAUGGGACUUCGAAGAGUUCAUUAUCAACGUCUAAUGAUGGUUCUCAAUCAGCCGAAGUUGAGGGAAGUGCGAUGACGCUUUCUGAGAAAUAUGAUUCUGAGGAGUUACUUGAAGGUUCAGACAUGGUAGAGAUUGCUGGUACUAGCAAAAUGGAAGUUGAGAAUGCAAAACUGAAAGCUGAACUUGCUUCCAAGAUAGCCUUAAUUUGUUCCAUUAGCCCUGACUUUGAUUAUGAAUCGCUUGAUGAUAGUAAAAUAGACAGUAUAUUGAAAAAUGCUGCAGAUAAGACUUCUGAAGCUUUAAAUCGGAAAGACGAGUACAUAAAACAUCUCAAAAAUAUGCUAAAUAAGAAGCAAAUUCAGUGUGAAUCAUAUGAAAGACGGAUUCAGGAAUUAGAGCAAAGGUUGUCCGAUCAGUAUCUGCAAGGGCGUAAACCUUCAGUUGAGGAAGAAAUAUCCAACUUUGUGAUUUCCACUGUACAAUCUGAAAAUAACAGGUUGGAAGUAUUGGGAGUCGAAGCUCAUAUACCUCACACAAUGGAAGAGGUUUCUUGUGCCUCUAGCUCCUCAAAAUCAGGGCUUCUCUCUAAACAAGAUAAGGUACGAGAAGGAUUAGAUGACAAUAUGACAGAUUCUUCAAGUAUUCUAAGCCCUCAUUUGGAUUCGUCGAUGAUGGAUCCACAACAGGAUGAAGAGCAUCUUUGCGACAAAGAUAAGAAAGAAACACUGUUUUCAGAUGGGGGCAUGGCAUUUACAAGAAGUUCCAUGGCCUUGAAUAUGUCUCAGCCCGUGGAGGAUUUAUGUGACAAAGCUGUUCAACCAGGUUUGGAUGCUAAAGCAACUAAUGACCUUCUGGAAUUGCAGAGUGCCCUAGCAGAAAAAUCAAAUCAAUUAGCUGCUGCAGAAACCAAGCUCCAAGUGCUGACAGAGGAGGUUUCCAAGCUUGGAAGUGAGCUGGAAAUAAGUCGGAAGCUACUUGAUGAAUCUCAGAUGAAUUGUGCUCAUUUGGAGAACUGUCUACAUGAAGCAAGAGAGGAAGCCCAAACCCAUCUUUGUGCAGCUGAUCGUCGGGCCUCAGAAUAUAGUGCAUUGCGUGCCUCUGCAAUUAAGACGCACAGCCUGUUUGAAAGACUAAGAAGCGCUGUCUCGUCUGCCGGGGUGGUUGCUUUUGCUGACUCUUUGUGUGCUUUAGCUCAAUCUUUAACCAAUUCGAACAAUGGAAAUGACGAUGAUAGUACUGUUGAGUUCCGUGAAUGUAUCCGAGUACUUGCCAAUAAAGUCAGUCUUUUGUCAAGGCAUUGUGCAGAAUUACUUGACAGAUAUACAAAAACCGAAGCUGAAAUUGAACUGCUCAAGAAGGAAGUAGAAGAUAAGAAAGAGUCAGUGAACACUUUAUAUGUAAAGCUUCAACUAGAGAAACAGGCGAACAAAGAGAGGAUAUCUUUUGGUCGGUUAGAAGUCCACGAAAUUGCUGCAUUUGUUCUCAACUCUGCUGGGCACUACGAGGCUAUCAAUCGUAGCUGUCGUUAUUACUAUCUCUCAGCUGAAUCUGUGGCCUUGUUUGCUACCCAUCUGCCGAGUCAUCCAAGCUACGUUGUAGGGCAGAUUGUACAUAUCGAAAGACAGACAGUGAAGUCAACAACAUUUGACCGAGCUGAGAAUAUUAGAGAUCCAGUAGAUUUACUUACCUCGGAUACAGGAACCAGUGGGUUGACCUUGAAUUCAGGAUCAAGUUCGAACCCGUAUGAUCUCCCUCUUGGCUGUGAAUACUUUGUAGUAACAGUAGCUAUGUUACCUGAUGCUACCAUUCAUAUGUCACCAACUUCCUGA